AUGACUUUAGUGGGGCGCUUACUUUGUAAAACUACUAAGAGGUGUGCCAUAAAGUUUUCUCCAAGAUUUUCUUUGCUCGGUAAAAUCUUAACUGUCAGUUUUAGUACUGUUAGGUAUUUGAAACCGAGUAUGAGUGAAAAUAGUGGUGCAGUUAAAUGUGUCAAUGGUAUUAUUAAAUCACCGGAAGACAAAAGAUGUUACAGAGGGUUGGAAUUGGAUAAUAAGCUGAAAAUUUUGCUAAUUAGUGACUCUGAUACAGAAAAAGCUGCUGCUGCUCUCACUGUGCAUGUUGGCAACGAUCCAUUAGAACUACCCGGAUUGGCUCAUUUUUGCGAGCAUAUGCUUUUUUUGGGAACGAAAAAAUUUCCUGUUGAAAAUGACUACAGUAAAUUUAUAUCUAAACAUGGAGGUUCUUAUAAUGCUGUUACUGCUCAUGAUCACACCACCUACUAUUUUGAUGUACUACCAGAACACAUUGAAGGUGCUUUAGAUAGGUUUUCCCAGUUUUUUUUAGAACCUCUUUUUAAUGCUGAUGCCACCGAAAGGGAAAUUCAAGCUGUUAAUUCAGAGUUUGAAAAAAAUUUACCCAGUGAUGCAUGGAGAUUUUUACAAUUAGACAAACACUUGUCCAAAGAAUCACAUCCAUAUAAUAGAUUUACAAUAGGAAAUUUGAAAACUUUAAGCACAACUCCGAAGGAAAAUGGAAUCGAUAUAAGAAAUGAAUUAUUAAAAUUUCAUGACAAAUGGUACUCGGCUAAUUUAAUGACUCUUGUCGUUUUGGGAAAAGAAAGUUUAGAUGAUUUGGAAAAAUUAAGUAAAUCAUUAUUCACAAAUGUGAAGAAUAAUAAUGUUGAAAAACCAGAAUGGAAAGAACAUCCUUUCGCUACUGAACACCUACAAAUAAAAGGUUAUGUUGUACCUGUGAAAGAUAUAAGAAGUAUAAAAAUUUGUUUUCCUGCACCCGAUUACCACGAACAUUAUAAAUCAAGCCCUUUUAACUAUAUAUCACAUUUGAUUGGACAUGAAGGACCAGGUAGUUUAUUGUCUGCUUUAAAAGAAAGAGGUUGGUGUAAUAAACUAUCGAGUGGUUACGACAAUGGGAUUAGAGGUUUUGCAUUUUAUUUAAUAGAAGCAGAUUUAACAAAUGAUGGAAUGGAACAUAUUGAUGACAUAUUAGAAUUAGUAUUCCAGUAUUUAAACAUGCUUAAAAAAGAGGGACCCAAGCAAUGGAUUUUUGAAGAAAUUCAACAAUUGCAAAAAAAUAAAUUUAGAUUUAAAGGAAAAGAAGGUCCGAUAGGUUAUGCAGCAACAUUAUCUCAACUACUCCCUAAUUAUCCAAUGGAAGAAGUACUUUGCGGACCGUAUUUUCUGGAAGAAUGGAAUCCAGAUUUAAUAAAUGUUGCUCUCGGUUAUUUAGAACCUAAAUAUUGCAGGAUAGCUUUAAUCGCUCAGGCUUAUGACAAAAUGGCUGAUAAAAUCGAACCUUGGUUUGGAGCAAAAUAUACGGUUGAAAAAAUUCCACCUUCUACAAUUCAAAAAUGGGAAAAUUGCGGAUUUGAUAAUGCUCUCCAGUUACCAAAACCGAAUGAAUUCAUACCGUCUAAUUUUAAUAUUUAUCCGCUGGAAGACGAGUCCGCGUCUUCGCCACAUCCCGCCAUAAUUGUCGAUACUCCGACGACGAGAGUUUGGUACAAGCAAGACGAUGAAUUUUUAUUACCAAAAGCAAAUUUAAAAUUUGAAUUUAUAAGUCCUCUUGCUUAUUUGGAUCCACUCAAUUGCACCAUGACUUAUUUAUUUGUGGAAUUGUUGAAAGAUUCUCUCGCCGAAUACGAUUACGAUGCCGCCAUUGCCGGAUUAAAAUGGAAAAUUCUCAACACGGAAUACGGUUUGAUGCUCACCAUAGCCGGAUACAAUGACAAACAAGUUUUAUUACUGGAUAAAAUCCUGGAGAAAAUAACAACAUUUAAAAUCAAUGCAAAUCGAUUUAAAUACAUAAAAGAAAAUUACGUGAGAGCUUUGAAAAAUUUCCAAGCUCAACAACCCUACAGUCAAGCGGCCUACUAUUUGUCAAUUCUAUUACAAGAACACGCUUGGACGAAAGAUGAAUUACUCAAAAGCACGGAAUAUUUAACGAUAGAAAGAUUAUCCGAGUUCAUACCGCAAUUGUUGGCAAAACUUCACAUUGAAUUUCUCAUACACGGAAACGUGAACAGGGACGGAGUAAGGAAAAUAAUCGAAACCGUCGAUAAAAGAUUACAAUGCGAUUCGACAUUGCUACCCGUUUUACCGAGGCAACUUUUAAGAACUCGAGAAGUUCAAUUGGUCGACGGUUCGAAUUUCAAAUACGAAACUACGAAUCCAUUUUUCAACAGUUCCUGUACGGAAACCUAUUAUCAAUGCGACGUUUUAUCAACGAAAAAUAACAUGUUGAUGGAAUUAUUGAUACAAAUAAUAAAAGAUCCAUGUUUUAACAUUCUUCGUACGAAAGAACAAUUGGGUUACGUCGUUUUCAGCGCGGUCAAACGUUCGAAUUGCGCACAGGGAUUACAAAUAAUCGUACAAUCGAAUCGUCAUCCGAAAUACGUCGAUCAAAGAAUCGAAGCUUUUUUAAUACAAUUUCGAAACCUGGUGGAAGAAAUGACGGAAAAAGAAUUUGAAAGUCAUAAGGAAUCAUUGGCGACUUUACUCCUUGAAAAACCUAAAAAAUUAUCCGUUUUAACAUUGAAAUUUUGGGCGGAAAUUGUUUCGCAACAGUAUCAUUUCAAUAGAUCCGAAGUCGAAGUUUCUCAUCUCAGAACGAUAACCAAAAAUGAUUUGUUGGCUUUUUUCGAUCAAUUUAUUAAAUACGGUGCGGAUCACAGGAGGAAAUUGUCCGUGUACGUUUUGGCUCUCGGUGAAGGAGGAGCCGGAAACGAACCGGAACCGGAUGAAGUUGCGUUGUCGUCAUCACAAGAAGGUUUACCAUCUCCUCCGCCCUUUAUUCCCCCCUCGAAAAUCGAAGAUAUAACAAAAUUCAAAAGCAGUCACGGUUUAUAUCCAUUGACUCAACCAUAUAUAAACAUAGCGUCGGGAGGAGCAACUAAAUCUAAGUUAUAA